UAAUAAUUUUCUGAUACUAUAAUUUCCAGACAUUCACUUUUCUCUUCCUCUUCAACCUAUCAUAGUUUCCAUUUUUUCUCUGUAGAAGCAAACACAUUCUUCUGUAUAAACUCUAUCAAAGUUGCAAUCUUUAAGCACUUCUUAAAUUUAAUCUCUUUCAAGAGAUAGAGAUCUAUACAUUCUAAUAAUUUGGGGUGUGAGAAAUAUUCACAAUCACACACAUUCAUAUUAGUGGUUGAAAGAGUGGAUUUAGAAAUCUUCAUCUAGAGCUAAAAACAAAGUGACCCUUUGAAUAAAGAGCCAAAAGGGUAUCUGAAAAUCUAUCAAAUCUGUUAAAUUGACCCUUGUAAAGGGGUUUUCACUUUUCAGCAACAUGAUGGCUGGAAAUGGUUUAUUUUAUCCAAUAUUUGGUUUUGCAUCGGUUGUGCUUUUUAUUUACAUGUCAUUUGCUGAUGUAAGGAUGGGUUUUGAGGAAGAAAUAGAAUUGAGUUUUGUGGAGAGAAAAGGUUCUCAGUUUGUGUUGGAUGGAAAAGAUUUUUAUAUUAAUGGAUGGAACUCUUAUUGGUUUAUGGUUCAAUCUGUGGAUGUUUAUACAAGACCUAGGGUAAGUGAAAUGCUGAAAGUUGGGGCUAAAAUGGGUUUAACUGUUUGUAGAACUUGGGCUUUUAAUGAUGGUGACUAUAAUGCCCUUCAGACUUCACCUGGUGUUUUUAAUGAACAAGCUUUCAAGGCUUUGGACUAUGUCAUAGCAGAAGCAAGGAGACAUCGAAUUAGGCUGCUUCUCACCUUAGUAAAUAACUUGCAAGCAUAUGGUGGGAAAGAUCAGUAUGUAAAAUGGGCAUGGCAAGAAGGGACAGGGUUAAGCUCAUCUAAUGAUUCUUUCUUCUAUGAUCCAUCGAUCCGAAGUUACUUCAAAACUUAUGUCAAGACUAUUCUGACAAGGAAGAAUACUAUUACUGGAAUUGAAUAUAGACACGACCCUAUCAUUUUUGGUUGGGAAUUGAUUAAUGAGCCGCGAUGUGCAACUGAUCCUUCUGGGGACACUCUCCAAGAUUGGAUAGAGGAAAUGUCAACUUUUGUCAAAUCGAUUGACAAGAAACAUUUGGUGACUAUUGGACUCGAAGGUUUUUAUGGUCCUAAUGACCCAAAAAGGUUGACUGUCAAUCCACCAGAAGGGUGGGCAUCGCUGCUUGGAUCUGAUUUUAUUAGGAACUCUCAGACCUCAAAUAUUGACUUCACCUCUGUCCAUAUCUAUCCCGACCAUUGGUUUCAUAAGCAAGUUUUUGAAGACUACAUGAAAUUCCUCUCCAAGUGGAUGCUUUCUCACAUUGAAGAUGGUGAUAAUGUAUUAAACAAACCUGUUUUGUUUUCUGAAUUUGGAUUAUCAGACUCAAUCACGAACUUUUCAAUGUCUAACCGAGAAAAGAUGUACAAAACAAUUUUAGACAUAUCUCACAAAUCUGCUAAGAAUAAUCGGUCCGGAGCAGGUGCUAUGGUUUGGCAGUUCUUAGUCGGUGGAAUGUCGGACUUUAUCGAUGAUUUUGGGAUGGUACCGUGGGAAAAGCCAUCAAUCUAUUCAAUGUUUACUCAGCAUUCAUGCAGAUUAUCAAAGGUCAACAAAGGAUUGACUCAACAGAACCCAAGUUUCAAACAAGUGUGUUAAUGAGUUCAUUUAUGGGCUGGUUUUGUACAAUAUCUAUGUUAUUUUCAUAAUCAAAUGCUGCAUUUUGGUGCAUAGUGAGGUAUAUAGUCUUUUGGCGUAGAUUAGAUAAUCUAUUUUGAUGUGUGUAAUCCAGAUUAUACAAAAUCUAUAACAAGUCUUUUGAGAUGAGAUGGAAAAUUGUUUGAAAGUUAUACAAGUAACAUUCUUAAGUCUUGCGUCCACCGGUUUUACUCUGAGAAUUCUCAAAAGUCAAAAUCAUCAAUUGUUACAUUUACUGUCAGUUGAAAAUCCCUCUUUGACACGUGUCACCACGUGGUUUGCUAGCUCAUUAAAAAAAGGGGCCACGCUGUGCCACGUCUCCGUUCUGUUGAUCAAACAGAUGGAAGGACGGGCAAAAGUUAUAGGAUUACAUGUUGGAACAAAGUUCACAUUGGUGUGUGAAUUGAAAAUAAAAUUUUGUCCCUUAUCGGGUACUAGAGCAUAUUAGUAUGUUGUAGCAUACUAGUGUGUAAUUUUGAGGAAAUAAAUAAAUUAAGUCUCAUAUUUAUUUAUUUA